AUGUCAAUUGAAAUUUCAAAGGAAUUGAGAAUACCAGGAGUGGAUAAUAAUGAGGUUUUUACAAAGUGGAUUGCAAGCCAACACAUAAAAGGGGAUGUUGUAAUUGACAAGAGUUUUGGUGUCGGUUUGUAUUACAGGGGUAAAAAUACCGACACAGCCGACGAUCCAGUUAUCCUUCGUGUUCCUUCCAAGUCCGCUCUCAAUAUGGACACUUUGUUAGACUUGCUCACGACAUUGAAAUCAAGAGACAAGGAUCUGGAUGUUUCUUUAAAAGAGUCAGACUUGAUUGUUAAGUUCCUCGAAAUACUCAACCCAGGUACAGAAACGAUAAUUUUGUUGGCGUAUUUAUUAGGAUUUGAAUUUUUGAGACUGGAGGGAGACAAGACAUCCAAUUAUUACUUGUCAUCACCAUUGAGGAGCUGGGAUAUUUACUUGGAUGUUCUAUUGCUGACAAAGGUGUUUUCUUUUGAUGAUGAACACAACGAGAAUGAUCCACAUGCAAGUAGUUUUACGGAAUUGCGUGAAAUAGUGUUUGCCGAGUAUGAGGACUUCAUUACUCAGGCAAAGGCAACACUGCCUGAUUUCAAAGUUACCAAGGCUAUACCAUUUGACAAGUUUUUCCAGCUAUUUCAAGCCGUGAGGUCGAGGUCGUUGGAGAUCCCAAAGGAGGUUGAAGGAGGAAAUCCCGAUUCAGAAUUUCAAACCAAUGUGACGCUAGUACCUAUUUUGGAUUUUGCAAAUCACAACCGUGAAAACAAUGCUUACUUUGAUGUUGAUAGAGAAAAUAAUGAUAUUGUGUUGAAGCUAAAGAAAGAGAACGCGUCACAAGAAAAUCCAUUUGAAGUUUCAAUCAGUUACCAUCCAAUCGAUACAAAGCCAGAGUUCUAUCUCACAUAUGGAUUCAAAUCUGAAACUCAAUUGUGA